CUCCCUUUGUAUUAGUUGUGUUUUACAACAGAACCUCGUGACUGGUAUGAGAGGCGAAAUAGGAAGUAGUGUUAAUACCAGCCAGGUAAAUACAAAUUUGCUAGAUUGAAACGGGUAAAUAGUGUGGGGUGAGGAUGUGUAAAAAGUGUGUUAUCCCCUCAGUCUUUUUCUGGGUACUUGUAUUGUCAUUUCCAGUCGCCACCUUUUCUACAAGCUAUUAUGAAUGGGGAAUCCCGAAUGGAAACGCAGACUUGCUGAAGGCUAGUUACAAAUAUUUGUGGCCCUCUUCUUUUACCAUGAGCUUUGGUUUGUUUCGGGCAAGUGAUUUUGAGGUUUCAUCUCAUUGCCGGGAUCUGUUGGAAAAGUUUGUCAACGUUAGUCGCUCGCUUGUGGAGUGCUUACUGCUUAAUGCCAAACCAGUCAGAAUCUGUCAGAAUUGCUACAUGGAUUACCAAGCUAUGAACGUUGUAUUCGGUAAUUUAACUGGCAACCAGACAGUACCUGCGAACCUGAGUUGUGAUAAGUCUCUCUUGCAUUCUGAUCGUUUGCAGAUUGUCCCUUGGAUUCAGAGUUCCUUACAGGACUUAUGGACAAAGUCACUCUGUGACAAUUGUUUGACAGACGAAAAACUGGAAAAAGAACUAAAGAACGAGACAAUUGAGUUCAUAGAUUUUCUGAAUGAUACUUGGAGUUGCUUUGAUCAAAAUGUGAAGAACCAAGGAAAUAUUGCAGUGCAGUCUGGGAACCAAACCGUAUGUGACAACUGUAAAGACCUGUACAGAAACCUAAGUAAACUGUAUGAUAAAAUAGGAAAAAAGUGCAUUGAUAUCGAAGAUGGGAUGAAUAUAACUAAACGGCUUUGGAGCUCUGAUUUCAAUUGUACUGUCCACACUAAAGAUACAGUGCCGGUAAUUGCAAUAACUGCAUUCCUUCUGUUCCUGCCCAUUGUCUUCUAUCUCAGUAGCUUCCUCCACUCCGAGCAAAAGAAAAGGAAGCUUAUACAGCCCAAGCGUCUAAAAUCAAGCAGUAGCUUGGGCAUCCUCCAGGACAAUCACAGCUGAACAGCGGGACAUGUGAAACUUUAAGCAACAGUUGAGACUUUAUGAACAGGUGUGGAAGACAUUAAGAUACUCCAGCUUAGUGUUUUGGUGCAAGAAAUUCAGAAAAUUACCAUGUUGGGUAGAAAAGGUCAAGCCCUUAGGACUGUACAGUUUUGUUGUAAAACAUUCUGUUAUCAGUUGCAUCACGCUUGGGAAAUUGGUUUUGUCUGCAAAGAAAAUCUGUUCUGUUGUAUACACUGAAGAGUGUUAUUUUAUUUACAGAGUUGCAGGAUGCACAUGCAUUUAUUUUAAAGUGAACAAAAUUUAUUACUAAGAAUUUGAUGCAUUUUUAUUUAAAUAAACCUUUGAAUAUGUA